CCGUGUCGGGAAGGGGAGUCGAGGUCUGCUAAAUGAUCCACCGUCAGAGGGACGAUGGUGGAGGGCUGGUAAAGAUGGCGGCGCUCUCCCAGGAUGGGAGAUAUGGAUUGAAUUGUGGCCGAGGGAAUGCAGACAGAGUGACCGUUUUGCAUGUCAAAUUGACCGAGACGGCUGCGAGAGCCAUCGAGAGCCACCAAAACUGUAAGAAUGUACCUUCUUUACGGCCAUUAAUACAAUUCAAGGGACUCCAAGGCUGCAUUAAGAUUCCCAGGACAGAUUCCCCUUCAGACGCCUUCCAUAAUUUUGAGUUUUACUUGUCUAAUGUUGGCAAAGACAACCCUCAGGGAAGCUUUGAAUGCAUUGAACAAUAUGCAACAAGCCUGGGAGCCUCCCACCUGGCUUCCAUGGGGACCGUACAGGACAAGGUCACCGUGUGUGCCACCAAUGACUCGUACCAGGUGACCCGAGAACGCAUGACCCAGGCCGUGGAGGAUACACGUGAACGCGGGACCAAAGUCAUCAAGCCUGGGGGCAAGUACCGAGGAAAGCAAGUUCAAAUGCGCAAGCCCGGGAUGUCGGCGCCUGACGUGGUGCCUGAGCGCAAGCGGUCCACGCCCAUCAACCCAGCCAACACCAUCCGCAAGUGCCUUAGCAACAACCCCGUGUCCCAGCGGCCCUACCGCGACAGGAUCAUCCACCUGCUGGCCCUCAGGUCCUACAAGAAGCUGGAGGUGCUGGCCCGGCUACAGCGCGACGGCGUCAGCCAGAAGGACCGCAGCUCUCUGGGAAGCACCUUGCAACAGGUGGCGAAUCUGAACCCCAAAGACAACUCGUACUCAUUAAAGGACUUCAUGUUCCGUGACAUCCAGAAAGACUGGCCCGGUUACUCUGAAGACGAUAAGGUCCAAGUGGAGCGUAACAUUAUUCGUAAACUGGGUCUACCUGAGCCCCUUCCAUCCAGCUGUUCUCCUAAAGACAACCUCACCUUGUCCCCACAGAAACGACCGCCGGAAGGAGACUUCAUCGACCCACUCGCCCCCAAGAAGCCUCGCAUCUCCCAUCUUAGCAGCCGGGGUCCCGCCACGUCCUCCACCUCCUCGGACCGCCCUCGCGAGGACGAGGGCUCCAAGCGCCUCUCCCUCCCCUCCGGCGUCACCUCCGCCCCGCCCACGCACCUGCCGGCGUCCUCCCACCACCACCACCACCAGCAGCCCAGCCCGGCCUCCCACUCCAACUCCCCCAGCACCCCCGAGGGCUGCGGCACCCAGGACCUGCCCCUGGACCAGAGCUCCUCCUGCAGGGACCCUUCGCCCAGCCCCACCCGUAGCCCCCCGCCCUCCGACCGGACCCCGCUGGACCGCUACCUGCCGCCGGGCCCCGGGCCUGCCGCCUCCCCUCCCCCGGCCCCGGCCCCUCCCCCCCCGCGGACCUCCCUGACGGUGAGCUCCACCGUCAUCAGCAGCAGCCCGGUCCCGUUCAGCAGCACUAGUAAGAAGCCCAAGAAGGCCAAGAAGCACAAAGAGAAGGACCGAGAGAGGGAGAAGGGGAAGCGCAAGGAGAAGUCCAGCUCUGGGCCGACUCCUACUCCUACUCCCACCCCCACGCCUCUUCCUCCUCCUCCUCCCCCUCCUCCUGCCCCCCCCAGGGUGGUAGAGCCGCCGCCUGUAGAGCUGCCUCCUGUAGAACAGCCUCGUGUAGAGGAGGCACAGAGGCCCAGGAAGAAGCCGCGUUUGGACAGGGAGGAGAGGGAGGACGUCACCAAGCUUCCGCAUAAAGACAAGGAUUCCUCUGAAAAAGGGAAGCCGGUCCAUUCCACAGACAUUACUCCCCCCAUCGUGGUGGCUGAGUAUCUGAGCAAGUACACGCCGCUGUUAUCCCUGGACCAGCGGCAGAACUACAAAGACGACUUCAACUCAGAGUAUGAGGAGUACCGGGUCCUGCACGCACGUGUGGAGAGCACCACUCGCCGCUUCACCCAGCUGGACGGCCAGUGCAAGAAGCUGGUGCCCGGCACCAAAGAGCACCAGAAGGUACACGAUGAAGUCCUGAAGGAGUACAAGAAAAUCAAACAACAGAGCCCCAACUACCACGAGGAGAAGCAGCGCUGUGAGUACCUGCACAACAAGUUGGCCCACAUCAAGCGGGUGAUCGCCGACUUUGAUCACCGCCGGGCCCAGGCUUGGAGCUGAGAUGGGUGCUCCACCUGCCGGCUGUCCCCAUACAUUUUCACUAGAUCAGUAUUGAGAGAGAGGAGUGCAUUGAUUGGGGGAAGAGAGGGAGAGAGAGGGGUAUCCAAAACAGCUUAUUUAUUAUACCUCCUCUGUUACUGCCUCUCUUAUCAGCACCCCUCUUGCCCACAUUUCAAACAUCAAACCUAUUGUCAUUCCUUCCCUCUUUUGUCACCCUCUUUGAUUCCACGCAUGUCCUGCAGUUCUCACCUUUAAAAAAAAAAAAAAAAAAAAACGAAAGAAAAAGAGCCCCUCCUUUUCAGUUCUUUUUGUAAUAUAUGAUUUAAGUAAGUCUCUGCUGGAUUUCUGGACCACUGAACCAGUGGAAGGAUCGCCAUGCAUGUGGGACAGGGUUUGGGGAAAUAUGGAACUCUUCUAGUCUUCUGAAGGACUUUAUCUCAAGACAUAAAAAAAGAACAAAAAAAUGUAUUUUUCAGCAGCAGAGUAAAUAUGAACCUGUAUUUAAGUAAAAGUUGAGAGGGAGAUCUAUUUAUUUUGAGACUCGCAGUGAAAGAGCAAGAGUCUACAGAUGAUUUAUUGUUUAAAAAGAGAAAAAGUUAAACUUCUGUCAAAACCAAUGCAAAAAAUGACCAUGGGCCUUAUGUGUUUGACUUUCUGAAGCCAUUUUGCACGCAAACAUCCAUAUGUCAUGUCAGUUCGCAAACGUGGCUCCACUGCCUCGUUUUCCUACCCCGCCCCCUCCCCAUUCCUUAG